CACCAAACACACCUUUUUCCCUCUCCACCCAUUCCUCCAUCACAUCUCCCUCAGCCGCCCAGUCCCUCGAGUCUCUACCUCACAGAUCCCAUAAACCGUCAUCAUGCGUGAGAUUGUUCACCUCCAGACCGGCCAAUGCGGUAACCAAAUCGGUGCUGCUUUCUGGCAGACCAUCUCCAGCGAGCACGGUCUCGACAGCAAUGGCGUCUAUAACGGCACCUCCGAGCUCCAGCUCGAGCGCAUGAGCGUCUACUUCAACGAGGCCGCCGGCAACAAGUACGUCCCUCGUGCCGUGCUCGUCGAUCUCGAGCCCGGUACCAUGGAUGCCGUCCGUGCUGGCCCCUUCGGCCAGCUCUUCCGCCCCGACAACUUCGUCUUCGGUCAGUCCGGUGCUGGCAACAACUGGGCCAAGGGUCACUACACUGAGGGUGCCGAGCUCGUCGACCAGGUUCUUGAGGUCGUCCGCCGCGAGGCCGAGGGCUGCGACUGCCUUCAGGGUUUCCAGAUCACCCACUCCCUUGGUGGUGGUACUGGUGCCGGUAUGGGUACGCUCCUGAUCUCCAAGAUCCGCGAGGAGUUCCCCGACCGCAUGAUGGCCACCUUCUCGGUCGUUCCCUCGCCCAAGGUCUCCGACACCGUUGUCGAGCCUUACAACGCGACUCUGUCCAUCCACCAGCUUGUCGAGAACUCGGACGAGACCUUCUGCAUUGACAACGAGGCUCUCUACGACAUCUGCAUGCGCACUCUCAAGCUCUCCAACCCCUCGUACGGCGACCUGAACUACCUUGUCUCCGCCGUCAUGUCCGGUGUCACCACCUGCCUGCGUUUCCCCGGUCAGCUCAACUCUGACCUGCGCAAGCUCGCCGUCAACAUGGUUCCUUUCCCACGUCUUCACUUCUUCAUGGUCGGCUUCGCUCCCCUCACCAGCCGUGGCGCCCACUCCUUCCGUGCCGUCACCGUUCCCGAGUUGACGCAGCAGAUGUUCGACCCCAAGAACAUGAUGGCUGCUUCCGACUUCCGCAACGGUCGCUACCUCACCUGCUCUGCCAUCUUCCGUGGUAAGGUUGCCAUGAAGGAGGUUGAGGACCAGGUCCGCAACGUCCAGAGCCGCAACUCCACCUACUUCGUCGAGUGGAUCCCCAACAACGUGCAGACCGCCCUCUGCUCGAUCCCUCCCCGCGGCCUCAAGAUGUCCUCGACCUUUGUCGGUAACUCGACUGCCAUCCAGGAGCUCUUCAAGCGCAUCGGCGAGCAGUUCACCGCCAUGUUCCGUCGCAAGGCUUUCUUGCAUUGGUACACUGGUGAGGGUAUGGACGAGAUGGAGUUCACUGAGGCCGAGUCCAACAUGAACGACCUUGUCAGCGAGUACCAGCAGUACCAGGAUGCUGGCGUUGACGAGGAGGAGGAGUACGAUGAGGGCGAGGCUCCUCUUGAGGAGGAGGAGUAAAUGUGGCCGGGUGCCUAAUUCACGUCCCCACCAUUGAACAGAGCGCGCGUCCCUUCCAGACAAUAACCGAUGUGUCUCGGAAAUUGUCGCCAUCGUUCCAUUCUGCAAGAUAUCCUCGAGUCUCUCGAGACUCUUGGAACUAUUCAAGUGAUGGAAUCGACCGAUUGAUUCCUAGUCCAGUGUAGCGAGGGCCUUUGUUGUUUAUUAAGAUAUACCUCUUUUCGGUGUCUGCCUGGAGAAAAAGGGAAGACAUUGUUUACCACUAGUAAUAUGAGAAGACAAGAUUUGCCUUUCAA